AUGUUGGACCCGGUGGCCUCCGAGCACCCGCCCUUCUCCUCACCCGCGAGCCCGGGGGCCAGCCACGAGCUUCCCCGCCUCAAGUUACUCCCUUCAGCCUCCGCCUCUCGGAGCCCCGCCCCCGGAGAGCUCCAGGAGGGGGCGGGGCCUUCUGGGCGUCGCCAUGGCGACCGCGACAAGAUGGCUUCCCUGUACUCUGGACUAGAGGGUCCCGACUUCGGAGCGCUGAGCCAAGACCAGCUCACGGAGCUGAGGAAUUUCAAGAUCAACACGCGCAUCGCUGACGAGAAGUACCUGCGCUCGCACAAGGAGGUGGGACUACUCCUGAGCGGCUUCUUCAGAGAAAUGUUUUUGAAAAGGCCAGUGGACAUCCAAGAAUUUGCAGCAGAGUAUUUCACAGAUCCAGGACUUCCCAAGAAGAUACAAAUGCAGCUAAUUGAACAAGAAAAGAACAGUUAGCAGAAUUGUGAUGUUCUGCUAUUGGAAGCACAGGAAAUGAAUGAAUGAAAACCUGUUCUGCCCUCUGUGCCUCCAAACCUGACUAGUGCCAAUUCUAAGGUCUAGGACCUAAGAAAUGUUAAAUAUGCAUACCACCCUUUUUCUCAUCUUUAUUUGGAUAACAGCUUGCCCACCUCUCCCUCUAAUGCAGAGAUCUACCAUGAAGGCUUCCCAACAAACAUAGUCAUCAAGGGAUAAAACACUCACAUUUCUGAGGAAGUGGCGGCAAACGAUUUCAGGAUUCAACUCCCACUUGACAUUAUUCUUCAUUCCCACUUCCAGGUGGCAUUUUUUCAGGAAUUUCACUGUCUAAGAGGCAGUUGGUAGGUUAGAAUUGGGUUCAGAAAAGUUGUAGCUAUCACAGCAGGGAAUCCUGGAUUAAAUAAUUUAGGAAAUAUAAUUUAUGUGUCUCAGCCAAGUGGUUGAUAAACAAGUUAGAAGGGUGUUUUAAACGUAUGAUCCUAAGAGUAAUUCAGCUUUUCUGACAUGACAGAAGGAAUGGCUUAACAUACUAUUACAUGGGAAAGCCACUGUAUACCUAGGAAUACAUUCUUCCUGAACAAAGUUCAAAUUCCUUUGACUUGGAAUUCAAGGUCCUUCAUAAUUUAGCUCUACCAUCUGCUUAUUUCUCAAGUCUCCUACAAAUAGGUUUGGUUUUCAGAAAACAAGUGUUGAAAAUGAUUUCUAUAAGUAAAAAACAAAAGGACUAGGCCUAUAAAAAAAGGUACAUAUAUAUUCCCAAUACAAACAAGACUGGAAACAAUGGGAAUAUUCCAAUUGACAGCACAAAUUUCAAUACUUUUAUCUCAGUAUCAAAUGAAAACUCCACUUAACAUGAUGCCUAAUAAUAAUAAAUUUUAAAGUAAUAAAAUUUAAAUAAAUGCUUAAUUAAAAAAUAUAUUUGGUUCUA